UGAUAGAACGUUCUAUCUGUAACCGACUAGACAGCAAACAACUUGGAACGCUUUAACGGAGCAUUGUACACGGUCAUUACAGACAGGAAGUGAACCGUAGUUGCGGCCGACCAGUAGUGACGAUCUCGACGUGUGUGCAAUAUGACGCGGGUGUUAGGAAAGUGGAAGUUGGAGACUCAAGACGACAACUGGGACGAAUAUAUGAAGACAGUUGGGGUCGGUUUCGCGCUGCGGCAGAUCGGUAAGCGGACGGCAACUUGGGAGGAGAUACGGCAGGAAGGAGAUGAUUGGACGCUCAAUAUAACCUCAACAUUCAAGAACGUUAACCUCAAAUUCCAACUAGGCGAGGAGUUCGACGAGACCACAAUGGACGGACGCAAGGUCAAGUCCGUGUUUAACGUAGAAGGAGAUAAGUUGGUGCACUACCAAAAGUCGGGAACGGUCGGUCAGCCGGACUGUGUUAUCAUCAGGGAACGGGUCGACGACAAUACCAUGACCGCCACAUUUGAAGCCAUCGGGAAAAGCAUCAAAUCGGUACGAAAAUUUGCGAGUGCGUGAUAGCUACAAGAUAGCAACCCUUGGGCAUCCGAAUGAGUACACAAAAUGCGACUGAUUGACGUGGGAGUUGAUCCGUUCAAAAUAUGAUGUCGUCGUCUUCAUUUUACACUUGACUUAUUUACUGAUACAUUGUUUCAUAUAUUUUUUAUCAAACAAACACAUACCAUGUGCAUUUUGUCUUUACAUUAAAUUAAUGUGAAGUACAAUUCA